ACUAAUUUGUCCCUUUUCCCAACAAUUAAUGGCAUCUUUCCUAAAAAUUAACCACGACUGAAUAUUCUUGUUCUUGACUUGAUCUUAAUCGCCCACCACCAGACACCGAUCACCAGCGCCCAUCGGGCGCUUCCGCAGUGAAAAUAUGAGCUCUAAUGAACCCGAUCACAUCUCCAAUUUCGGUAAAAAGGCUAAAAAAGUCCUGACAACAGGGUAUUAUAAUUACGAUCAAAGGUUCACAGUCUCUUCUCGGAGCAAAGACGGAGUUGCCAUAGUUUCAACUUUAGCUCACAAGGGAAGGCUCUCAACUGGAGAUGUGGCAGCAACCUUGAAAUGCAAGAACAGUACUAUGCAUGUCAAAGCAGACAUUGAAUCAAAUAUCUCAGUGAGUUUGACCAUUAAUGAUAUUCUUCCAUCAACAAAGGCUAUUGCCUCAUGUACAUUACCUCAUUAUAAAGAUGGGAAGGUUGAGGCUCAAUAUUGCGAUGAAAAUGCGAGGUUGACUGUGGCUAUUGCUAUGCGGAAGAAGACUCCUGUUAUUGACGUAUCAGCAACAGUUGGCACUUCACGCAUUGCUGUUGGAACAGAUGCCCGUUACGCCUUUGCUUCUCAAAAGAUUACAAGAUACAAUGCAGGCAUUUGCUUGAAAAAUCCCAAUUUUGAUAUUUCUUUAAUUCUGUAAGUUGUCUGUAUUAUUUUAGUUAAAUUAGAAAUAUUACACAUAGGUGGUCUUUGGUCAGCUGAGUUUGGAUCUAGUACAUAUUUUUUGUUUUUGAGGUAUUGAGGACCUUUUUAACGUGUUGGAUUCGUUACUCGUCUGCCUGUUAGAGUUGUGGGGGCCAUGCUUAACUAUACUUGUUAAAAUGUUUAUCUUACACCUGUUAAAUAUAAAAAAUAGACUAACAAGACUAAGAUAUUCCUUCUAUCACCCUACUAACAUUUAAGAUACUCUACUUCUCGCCCUACCUAGCUAUCAUCUAGCCAUGUUUAGUAAUAAUAGUUUUAAUAAUUCCUGGUUGUAGAGCUGAGAAAGGAGAUGCAGUGAAAGCAACAUAUUUACACUAUUUGGGGGAGAAAAAGAGAGGAAGCAUUGCGGGAGAGAUGACAAGAAAGUUAACUACAAAAGAGAACAAGCUAACAGUGGGAUGUUCAUGCGCUGUCAAUCCUCAUACGACUGUGAAGGCGAAGCUCAACAGUCACGGCAAAAUCGGAACCGUAAUACAACACGAGUUGAAGUCUAAGUCUUUCUUGGAGGUGUCUGGAUCAUUUGACACCAAGUCCAGGAAACAUAUCCCCAAAUUUGGUGUCUCCCUUUCUCUUGUGCCUUGAUGAAACGUAUUUUUGUGAUUCAGUGCCAAAUCAGAUAUGUAAUAUGCUAAUUCUCAAGGAUACUUUUAACUGAUUCUUUAGAUCAUCUAACGUCUAAUAAUGAUAUAUAGCCAUAUAGGCUUCGAAUUCUACCGAAGAACGCCAUGUAGGAGAUAUGUUCCAAGACACAACAUUAAAUAUGCUUGUCAGUUGGCAAGUAAAUAAACUAUUGACAAACUAAGAAAACUGUAUCCAGCUUACAAAUAUAUUUAUGGUAUACGGAGUACAAUUUUGUAAUUUGUCGGGUAGUUGCACUGAAUGAUAAAAGUAUAAAUUAUUGUU